AUUGUCUUUUAAUUCUUCUACCCCACUUUCUGGACUGAUUUUCAACGCAUCUAUUCAUUUCCUUUUUCAGGUGAAUCAACGAAAUAACUUUGGUAAAACACCUCUCCAUUUGGCCUGUUCACAUGGAUACGCAGACACAGUUUGCCUUUUAAUUAAUCACACUGGUAUCGAUGCCAAUGCGGUGGACAAUUAUGGUGACACACCUCUACAUCUGGUAGUUCAACGACAACACAUUGAUGCGAUGACUUUUCUGUUGUCCCAGUUUUCAGUGAAAGUGGAUAUCAGGAACUGUGAUAAUAUGACACCAUUGCUUGAAGCCGUCUCCCGGGGUCACCUUGGAAUGAUACGGAAGCUGAUAGCAAGGGGGGCAGACGUUAAUGCUGUCAACAAUGAAGGGAGCAAUUGUCUGCACCUUGCAGUGAAGAGGACGGUGUUUCAUUCUGAGUACCGACCCUUGUGUCUUUUAGACAAGUUCUGCACUGAGCUCAAACUAAGCAAGGAAAAGAGGCUCUCUGGUGUGGUGGCUGCUUGUUAUCUAGCCAGCAAGGGUGCCGACUUUUACCAUAAAAAUUACAAGAGUAACGCACCGCUGGACCUCAUUGAAAAUGGAAAUUUGAAAGAAAAAUUACGAACAUUUUUACUAUCACGGUGUAUGCUUUGUGAAGUAAAUGAGGCCACUGUGGAGUUACAACCCUGUGCACAUAAUGCGGUAUGUGGAGAGUGCUACACAAUUAAACUUAAAAGAUGCCCCAAGUGCAGAACAUGUAUCAAGAGCAAAAGUAAAUUUGAUAGUUUAAAGAUGGAGGAAAAUCACUUCCAUAGCACGGCAAAGAUAUUGUCUGUUAAACAGCAACAAGUUGUGAUUCCAGAGCUGAAUAAGAAGGAUCUUCUGAUGGUGGCAAAGAGGUUAGGAGGUAAAUGGCAGAGAGCGGGUAUUUUCUUGGAAAUUGAGACUUACCAACUGGAUGUUAUCAAACACGACAAUCCUAAUGAUACUGUAGAACAGAGCUUCCAGAUGUUGUACAGGUGGUUUACAAGUUGUGAUCCAGACACGCGUACAACCAAAACAUUAAGAGAAGCUCUUGAGGAAGCCGAAUGUUUCGAUGCACUCAAAUGUCUAUCAUCAGAAGAAAAGUAACUUUCUGUGUAAAUGUUGUUGUUUAGUCUCAGAUCAACCAAAUGGAGACCUGUAAUCAAAUGCCCUCAAUCCUGGACCACCCUGCCUUUUCCCCAAGUAUAGAGAACCCAGAACCACAUUGUCCAGUAUGUCCUUCUUUAUGUGUGAAAUGCAGUGGAUUUGGCUACUAAUUCUAUCAGAUCUAUCAACCACAAAAAGACCACUUCACUGGUUUGACCUCUUUGUUAGAAAUUAACUUUUGAAAUAAAGAUGAACUUUGAGAUGUU